AUGCGAUUGCUGAAGAGCCUGGAAGAGAACAGUGGCGCAACGAAUUCCGCCUGGCUCUGGCUAAUUGGUAUUUCAGUCUUCUCUGCAACCGAAACUAUACUCCACCAUCACCUGGCUUGGACCCAAUGGUCUGAGAUGGGAAUUCCCAUUCGAGCACAGCUCAUCAUGGCAAUCUUUUCGAAGGUCCUACGCGUUAAAGAUUCCAAAGAAACGGGAGACAAGCCGGAUGCGAUCAAUCUGAUAUCCCAUGACACGCUUUCCUUCAGCAAGUUCACUGCCGUGAACUACUUAUUUCCCUUCUCAUGUAUCAAGUUCUUGUUUGCCAUAUUAUUUUUGCUGCGGUUGUUGGGAUGGCAGAGCACGGUGAUAGCAGUUCUGGCCACGAUGGGAACCGCACCCGUGCAUACAAAAGUCCUCAAGCACGAGCGAGCUGCGAAAAAGAAACUCACAGUCGCCAGAGACAAGAAGACAAAGGCUGUUACCGAGGCUAUGCAGGCUCUUCGACAGAUCAAGUUUUCUGCCCUUGAAAAGCAGUGGGAAGUGCGCAUCGAAUCGUGUCGCCAGGAGGAGAUGGCCCUGAUGCGAAAGGCCUUUAUUGCCAUUAAUAUUCGAUCAGUAUGGAAAGUCGCAUCGCCUCUCAUCGUGGCAGCGGCGGCGAUUUGCAGCUACGCCUAUACUCAGAACGAGGUGUCAUCGUCUAUCAUAUUUACAAUGAUCGGGUUGCUGCCGCAAAUUCAAGGGACGCUAGGAACAGUUCCCAUGGUCCUUCAGGAUUAUUACAGCGCUCGUUCAAAUGCUCGUCGCAUAGAGAUGUAUUUGAAAGCCCCAGAAACGGAAAGGAUCUUGGAUGUGAGUCCUACUGGAUGUGUUUCCUUCCGAGAUGCCCACAUUGCUUGGCCAUCAGAUCAGACGCAGGAGAAGCAAGGGAAGCAAGGAAAUGAAGAGAAGCAAGAGAAAGACAAGAAGAAAGCUUCCUUGCCCGAGCGGUUUGAGCUCCAAGGCCUUAAUGUCGAGUUUCCUCGCGGUGAACUUAGUGUGAUACGUGGAGAAACAGGGUCAGGAAAAAGCUUGGUGCUUGCUGCUAUCCUUGGAGAGGUUGACCUCCUAAGCGGUCACAUCGAGGUACCGUCAUUGAAUGAAACGUUCGGAUUUGUUUCACAGACCCCGUGGCUUCAAAAUGGUACUAUCAAAGAUAACAUAUUAUUCGGGAGUGCAUUAAAUCAAACCAGAUACCGCAAGGUUCUCAAAGCAUGUGCACUUGAGACUGAUCUUGCUGCCCUGACAAAAGGGGACGAGACUCAUAUUGGCCUGCGGGGUGUUAGACUUAGCGGUGGUCAACGGGCAAGAGUCUCGCUGGCUAGGGCUCUCUAUUCCAGUGCUCAAACACUGGUUUUGGAUGAUAUUUUCUCUGCUCUUGAUGCUCAUGUCUCGAAGGAGAUCUUCAAAGCGCUGACCGGAGAGCUCAGCCAUGGCCGCACACGAAUACUGGCAACUCAUCAUGUGUCUUUGUGUUUACCUCAGGCCAAGCUUGCUGUUCAAAUAAGUAACAACACCAUGAGCUCUUCUCUCAAUCCCGACAUGAUUGAAGCGAGAUUGGAUAUCGUGGAACACGAAAUCCCCAUUGAGCCGAGUCCAUCAACAAAAGAGGAACCCAAGAAGCGUGCCAGUGAUAAUCCAAAGGCUAAGGCGACAAAAUCAGAGUCUGAGUGGGAAUCUUGCAAGAGCUACUUCCGUGCUGCCGGUGGCGUGAGAUUUGCAACGAUUUACAUUAUUGGUUUACUUGGCAAGCAACUAAUGACUGCAUUGACAACAUGGAUUCUUGGCCGUAUCAAUUCAAGGCACCCGGAAGGAGGAAUGUAUGAUCCAGAAAAUACCGAGGUUGGAAACAAUCUCUGGUAUUAUCUGUACAUGUAUCUUCUGGGAUGUCUAUCGGCGGUCAUGCUAGAAUUUCUUUUGAAUAUGCAUAUCUUUUCGGGAUCACUGCGUGCCUCGCAGAUCUUGUUCCGAACAAUGACUGCAAAUAUCAUCCGAAUGCCCCUUCUCUGGCUUGACAACACGCCCAUUGGGGGAAUCUUGAGACGUUUCACUGUCGAAACAAGACAAAUUGAUGACAAUCUGCUCCAGACCCUCUCUGAAUUCGCGAACUGUCUUGUGAAACUGGCGAUUGUUGGGUGCAUGGGAAUACAACGGUCCCUCUUCACGGGUUGUUUGGCAGCAUCCCUUCUGUUUUGGUGCUUCCAAAUCAGCAAGGGCUAUGUUAAAGCCAGAAAGCCUGUGAAGCGUGGUGAAUCCGAUAGCAACGCGGAAAUUCUGGAAUACUUCACCACCACCGCCGCUGGAGUGUCGACUAUAAGGGCCUUUGGGGUUGUGGAUAACUUUAUGGACCAGAUGCACUCUCGAAUUGACGACCUAUCCAUUGCCCGGCGGCAUUUUUGGAUUUUCAACCGUUGGCUCAGUCUUCAAAUAUCUCUCAUGGGGAUCAUCUUAAGCGCGGGUAUAGGUUUGGUUCUAUUAUCAUCGACAACCGUCUUCGAUGCGUCUUUAGUGGGAUUCUCCCUGACAUUCUCGAUGGGUUUCUCUCACGCUACUUUCACUGCUGUCAAUAAUUUUGGGAUGCUAGAGAGCUACAUGAAUGCUGCUAUCGGAAUAAUCUCAUACUCAAAGCUGAAAGCCGAGGAGCAAGGUGGCAACGAAGUCCCAGCGAAUUGGCCAUCUCAGGGCGAGGUUGAAGUCAACCAAUUAAAUGUUUCAUACUCGCCCGACCUUCCUCUUGUCUUGAAAGAUAUCUCCGUUACUAUGGAGGCAGGUCAAAGAGUUGGAAUCGUCGGUCGAACUGGCGCUGGAAAGUCAUCCCUGACUCUGUCACUUCUUCGCUUAAUCAACCCUCAGUCUGUCACUUCGAUCCGAGAUCGCAUUUAUCCCCAAGAUCCAGUUUUGUUCUCAGGAACAGUCCGAUCCAAUCUAGAUUAUUUCCAAGAGGUUCCAAAGGACCAAUUGAACGAGGCCUUGCGCAGCGUCAAGCUCCUCUUUGGGGAGGGUAGCAAGAAGACGGGCUUCACUCUGGACUCUCCAAUCAGUGCAGGGGGCGCAAACAUCUCGCAAGGUCAAAGACAACUUCUUUGCCUUGCGAGGAUCUUGAUCCGGGAUCCCAAGAUUCUCAUUCUCGACGAGGCGACAUCUGCCGUCGAUAACGAGACAGACUCAUGGAUUCAAGACACGAUCCGAAGCCAGUUCAACCGCACAUUGAUUGUGGUCGCCCAUCGUCUAAGGACAAUCGCGUCCUUUGAUAAGGUUAUUGUGAUCGAUGAUGGGCGCAUUGAGGAAAUUGGAUCUCCCGCAGAGCUAUUAAGAGCCAAAGGAUUGUUCUAUGAUCUCGUUCAAAAGAGUCAAGAUAAGGAGUUUGUGACCAAUUCUGCAUUCAACUAA